GGGCGCGGGCAGCGCGGGCCGCCAUCGCCUCCCCUCAGGGCGGGCGGCGGGAAGGGCGCGCGGGCGGGCCGGGCGGUCCCGCUCGGCCCAGGCGGUGCCGAGCCCGGCGUUGGAACGUGCGGGCAGGUGCCGGUACCGGUUCGGCGAGACCGAGCAGUGACAUCUGCGGGAAAGAGGCUGUGAGAAGCGCCGAGUGCUUCAGAGCCAGCAUACAGACUUUUUAUAGGUCCUGGGCUGGAGUCAGAAGACAUCCGGACCAUCCACAGAAAACAGCCACAAGUAGAGGUCUCCAGUGUCACUCCAGUUUGCUCUACAUAGCUGUGUGUGUGCAUCUGAAUAUCAAACUGAUCAAAAGGCCUGGGAGUUCUGCUUUUCAUGCCCAACAAUACUCAGCAUGUUGUUGUUCCAUCACAUGCUGGCUGGAGCUUUUCUUCCGUUCUUCGUGCUUUCAGGAAAUUGGGUUUCAGCUGAGAACAUCAACUUUUACAAUGUGAGACCCCCACUGGACCCCACUCCAUUUCCAAACAGUUUCAAGUGCUUUACCUGCGAUAAUGCGGUGGACAAUUACAACUGUAACAGAUGGGCUGAAGACAGGUGGUGUCCUGAGAGUACUCGGUACUGUUUGACAGUUCACCUCUUCACAGCCCACGGGAAAAGCACAUCCGUCACCAAAAAAUGUGCCACUGGAGAAGAAUGUCACUUCGUGGGCUGCCAGCACCACCAGGAGAGCGGCCACACCGAAUGCGUGUCUUGCUGCGAAGGCAUGAUUUGCAACGUUGAAAUCCCGACCAACCACACAAACGCGGUAUUUGCUGUGCUGCACGCCCGGAGAACGUCGAACGGCAGCGGGCGGACAGUCAACCUCGCCGUGCUGGUGUCGGUCCUGGUAAUCGCGUUGUCAUGACGCAGCGUCCCCCGCUGACACCUGCUCGAGAGGCUCCGCAAGACACCGCGAGGAGAUGGUUUCAGUACGUGCAAGGAGAAAUCACUGGCGCUUAAAUACAUAAAAUAUAAGGGGACAGCGGAAAGACAAGUGUACAUCGUGAAGUCCUUGGAUGUUUUAGUGAAGAUACUUCAUAUGGUCUGCAGUAUUUAAAAAAAUAAGCCAACACAACAACCCACUGGUUGACUAGGCAGUGGGUUGAGCUCGAGGUAUUAUAAUUCACUAUUUUAUCACGAAAAUGCACAUUGCUUGGCAUGUUUUUUGAACAGAGUAAAGAUUCAUCUGUAGAAAGUGACUUUGCCAGGUGAGAUAAAAAGGAACUUUCAAUGGAUGAUGUGCCAACAAAGGAAACUGUGUUUAGACUGUUUUUCAUUGUGCAUAAAUGGCACGGAGUUUCUCGACUUGAUCAACAGGUGUAUUUAAGCUUAUCUUUAGUUACGGUUUUCAUAGAGAACAUAUAUGAGAGAAUAUUUUUCUGUUUCAAUCAGAGCUAUCAUUUCUACAGGAAAUAAUACAAAAUAAUACUAUCUAUCUUUCUUUUCUGUAAAACCUUGUCUCACACUCAGAUUUUUGAACCAGUGUGAAAUGAUGUAGAAUAUCUGUCUAAAAAUGAUGAACUGUUUGAGCACCUAAAUCAGAAUUCUUCCCCCCACCCCAAAGGGGUUAUUUUAUUGCAAUAGAGUCUCACUGCAGCUGAACCUUUGUGAUAUUGUUCAAAGUGGUGGUAAUAUUGUGACUUUGAAAUCACAGCUACAUUACCAUAAACAUUGUAAGUAGGCCAUUGGUAUAAAUAAGGAGAGAAAUCUGUUGCGUUCCCUCUUGUUUUGCAGAAGUUUCUCCCAGAAAUGCUGGGUGUCCCAGACCCCUGGCCAUUGUUGUUUUGUAGCUUUCCCACCCCCAUUUGAAAACCUUGUGUCAAGAUUUUAUUUUGCAUUACAACAUUGGCGGUUUUAUGUGCUUCAUUUGCGUAGAUUGAUUAUUUGACUCCAUGUCUUUUAAAAGACCAUUUACAUAAACUUUGUCUGAUAAUCUCAGAUGUUGCAGCACAGCUGAGGAGUUCACCUGGCAGGUCUGAAGAACUGAAUUGCACUUUUUUCCUAAAUCAUUCAUUUCUGAAUAUCCUGAUACAAUUACCACUAAGACGGAUCGUUCUGACCUAGAGGCUUUUUCUCGUCUUAAAUGAGACGCUUAAAAUGACGAUUAACUCCUGAAAUAUUUUUCAGGGAGGACAGAUCAUUAAAAGUUACUCUUAAGGUUUGUAACUGUUCUCCGAAAAAUUCAAGUAACUAUAAACUGGGAUUUUUUUUAAACCUAAAUGUUGGCUUAAUUAUUUGCUAUUUAGACUUACAGCAGAGAAACAGAUUUUUCAAAGGUUUUCGGGUUUGCUUACGUUCUAAAAUUGCCUGCACAGUAUUUUCAGAAUAUAUAAAAAGUCUGUGAUGUGUUGACAGGCAAUUGUGUAGUUGCAAAAACUGGAUGGAAACACUUUUUGCUUCCCAAUGCAAAAUAAUUCUUGCUUCCUAAGUGGAGGUUUUGCAGGCUCUGGGAUGUGGCGACGCUGUGCAUCCCACAGCCCAACACGCUCAGGAUGUUUGGAGGAAAUGGUUUGUUUUCUUCAGUGAUCAUCCCCAGGUAACGGCUCAAUAGACUAAUCUUGGAGUCCAACAUCCUACCAAGCACAUUCAGUGUUUUUCAUUGUUAAACAUCACAUUUUUGCCACAAGAUCUGCAGGGUAUUCAGCCUUUUUUCUGGGAAUAAUUAUUGCAAUCUAAACAAGUGCCCUAUAGUCUUACAUGAGUUUACUGCAGAUAAUUUACAAUGAUUUCAGUGCUGCCGUGAGUUUAUGCUGCAAAUGCUGUUCCAGAGAGUUCAGAGCUGCCCGGGGGGGGCUGAGGCCAAAAGACCUUUUGGGAGGGGACUUCUCCCUACGUUUGCUUUUCUUGUUUAAACUGAUUUUUCUUUCCUGUUUGCCACACUGAAAAAUCAAGAAAUCUGCUCAUAAUUUAAAUCCUUCGUGCGUUUGGUAAAGAAUUGUUUGGAGUAAUUAAAAAGAAAAUAAUUGAUGAAUUCCACUGGAGUGCCAAGAUGGUGUGCUUGGUUUUGUCAUCUUUUUAAAAUUAGCAACAGAGACAGCGGCCUGGGUGUACGAAAGGAUUUGGUGUCGCCAAAGGUUUGGUUUUUAGCGUAACAGAAUCCCACCAGCAGAGGAUGUUAAGGAUGAGUUCUAAUCGUCACGAUGCAUCAACACCUUUGUUAUUGCAAAGCUUAGUGCUGUUGUUUCUAGAAAAAUGAAUCUGCAAAAGUGAUUAUUGCCACGUUAAUGCUGCACAAAUUGGCACUUGCCUGAGGAAAUAUGGAAUUUAGGAGUGAAUAUCAAUUUUGCCCCUCGCUGCUUUUCAUGUAUGUAAAAACCUGUAUGCUGCUGCUGAGAGUUUAUUUUAGGCCAACAUUAAAAGCUAAGUUUGUAGGAAAA